CGUCUCCCGUCUCUCACCACCAGUGUUGUUUACUACUUCUUAGAAACCCUCGUUCAAACUGAUAGUGCUAGACCAAAGUCGACUGUUACCCCUCGGCCCAACAUCUUCACCUCUUCCUCCGGGGUUCACGUACUCCUCGACCUAUCAUAGUCACUCCCCGAGGGCGACGCUGAACUCCCUGGGCUGUGCAACAGUCAACACCAUGGCUACCGUCGUCGAACGUCGCGGUGAACAGGUCAUCUACCGAUCCCCAGUCACCCUCGACAUCCCCAGCCUGGACAUCCUUACUUUUCUAUUUGAUAAUCCUCACAAUGACAAACUCAAAGACGACACCAUCAUGCACGCCGACGCCGACGACCCCGCCAAAGCCGUCACGAAAGCCAGCCAGCUUGAUCUCCUCCAGCGCCUUGCCUACACUCUCCGUACCACAUAUGGCGUCCGCGAAGGGGACGCCGUCCAGGUCAUGUUCACGGGCCACUACCUCGCCCCGACCGUCUUCUACGCCAUCCUCGCCGCCGGUGCUACCGUCGCCGCGUCGACACCGUCCUCGUCACCACAGGAACUCGCCCGCCAGAUGGCCCUUUCCGAGAGCAAGCUCCUCAUCUCCACCCCGGAUCUGAAAGCCCUCGCCGCCAAGGGUGGAUCUGCCGCGGGGCUCCCCUCGGAUCGCAUCCUGUACUUUGGCGACGCCCACCGCCGUGGUAGUAGUGUAGACAUUCAACUCUUCAACGCCGCCUCGGACGCCCAAGUCCCCGUCGCACCCAACAAGCAUCACCGCUGGCGCCGCCUCACCGACAAGUCCACCCUGGAGCGCACCCUCGCCUGCCUCAUCUACAGCAGCGGCACCACCGGCACCCCCAAAGCCGUCAAAGUCUCCCACGCCAACGUCGUGGCCCAGACGCACCUCAUCCUGACCCCGAUGCGCCGGUACUACGACACCCACCGGCCCUCCUUCGCCUACCGCACCCUCGCCCACGUCCCCGCCGCCCACAUCUCCGGCCUGCAGGCCUACUUCAUCAACCAGGCCUACCUGGGCGGCACCGUGUACUGGAUGCGGCGCUUCGACUUCCCCCGCUUCCUGCACCACGCCCGCGCCCUCCGCAUCACCAUGUUCUUCAGCGUCCCGCCCGUGUUCCUCGCCAUCGCCCGCUCCCCGCUCGUCACCGACCACUUCGACUCGGUCGACGUUGCCUGGACCGGCGCCGCCCCGCUGUCGGCCGCCGUGCAGCUCGAGGCACAGCGCCGCCUGGGAAAGGGCCGCGGCGGCAUCGCGCAGACGUGGGGGCUCAGCGAGACCACGGGCGGGUUCACGUCGCUGCCGAGGCACAUCCCGCCCGAGGAGGCCGUGGGGAGCGUCUCCAUGGUGUUGGCCAACUGCGAGGCGCGCAUCGUGGACGAGCGGGGCGGGGAUGUCGAGCCGGGGCGGACCGGCGAGGUCUGGGUGAGGGGACCCAUUGUCACGAAGGGGUACCUGAAGAACGAGCAGGCGAAUCGUGAGGUUUUUGUGGAUGGAUGGUUUCGGACGGGUGAUAAUAUGUAUUUCAAGGACGGCAAGUUUUUCUACGUCGAUCGCAGGAAGGAACUCAUCAAGUACAAAGGAUUUCAAGUCGCUCCGGCCGAGCUUGAGGCUCUCCUGCUUACGCAUCCUAAGAUUGCUGAUUCUGCUGUUAUUGGUGUUGAGUCGGAAGAUGGAACCGAGCUUCCACGGGCCUACGUGGUGGCGGACCCGACACAAAUCUCGGCGAAGGAGAUCCAGGACUGGGUCGCGGAACAGGUCGCCUCCUAUAGGCGGCUUCGAGGCGGCGUCUUCUUCAUUAGUGCGAUUCCCAAGAGCGCCGCGGGGAAAAUUCUCCGGAGGGAGUUACGGGACCUCGUGAAGAAGGAGAAGGAGGGCGCGUCCAAGCUAUAGUUGAUCAGAUACCUGUUGGUUGUAUGUGAGAACUUCGGAACUUUCCAACAUGGGGGCAUGAGCGUUUACGUCCGGGUAGCGUAGCCAUCUUUUGCGAUAUACUCUAUCUGUCU